CGCUAUUGAGCGAGGCAACCAAUGAGAACAUCUUAAACCUACUAGCAGUGCGCGCAUGGAACCUGAGUCAGGUACCACAACAACACGCAGAGUCUGACAGCUGUGAACCUUCUAACAAUGGCAGAAAAAGUUAUUGCGACUAUGGAGGAAAAUCCACCAAAAGUGAACAAAUGGGAUGGAAAUGCUCUCAAAAAUGCCCUAGAUGAUGCAGUGAAAGAUGUGUUGCUGUCAAGAUUUAGUUAUGUUGAGAGCCAUAAGCUGCUUGAUGGUCGACUUAUCAUCUCAUCUGUAGCAGUGGGAUUCUCUGUCUUUGCUCUUAUAUGGGACUGGCUCUAUCCGUUCCCACAGUCCAGAAGUGUAAUGUGUGUGUGUGUAGUGGCCUACUUCAUCAUGAUGGGAGUGUUGACAUGGUACACUACUUACCUGGAGUGUGGCAUCUUUUGCACAGCUCUCAACAAAGACGCUGCUGGCAUCGACCCGGAUGAUGUGUGGAAUGCUUCAUCUUCUCUCAAGAGGUAGGCAUUGAACUUUCUUCUCAA